CAGCUCUCGUGUAACGGCAUGUCACUUUACGGCAGCCGAGGCCUUCCGUUUAUAUAUUAGCUGAGUGAUUUUCACGUUAGCUUUAGUAUCGCCACCGUUUGGAGAGUAUCAUCAGUACAGUGCUGAAAUACAAUGGGAAUAGAGGAUGAAACGGAUCGGACGCUCUUCAUAAGAAACUUGGAUUCUAGGGUGACGGAGGAGCUUUUGUUCGAGUUGUUUUUACAGGCCGGACCUCUCAUCAAAACUAAAAUCCCCAAAGACCCGGAUGGGAAACAGAAAACAUUUGGUUUUGCGGUUUACAAACAUGAAGUGUCCGUGCCGUACGCCAUGCAGCUUCUGAACGGAGCCACGCUGCACGGGAGAAGCCUUCAUGUGCAGUUCAGAUCAGGUAGCACUCAUAGCAGCAGUCCAGGGAACUCACAUAAUUCAAGUCCUGCAAAUACACCAAAUCCCCAUGGCCAGAGGACACCAAUCCAGUUCAGUUCUCCUCCGUACACUCCUCCACCCCAAACGCAGAGGCCCUUCUCGUCACCGGAUAACCUGCAGAAGAAUGUCAUGAUGAACAACAUGAUGUGGCAGCUCCACGUGCAGCAGCUUGAGCAGUUGAAUGGUGGAUUUUCAAAGCCUCUGCAGAGGCAUCCGUCUGCGGGGGGACACGGCGGAAGAGGCGGCUCAAGGCAACACGAUAACUCCCCCUAUCGUCACAAUACCUCCCAAAUGAACAGCGGUGGCAGGAAUCAGCGAUACUCAGAAGAACAAGGUUCCGGCCGUCAUCAGCAACACGGCCACAGCCGGGACAGCUAUCACCAUCAGGGCGACAGGAGCGGCAACCGUCACCAUGACAGCAGAGGUGGCAACAGACAUCAUGACGACAAGAGUAGCAGCCGUGGCCACCAGGAUAACAGAUGGCGACGCUACUGAGACGCGCAAAGGAUGUCUCGUGAAGACUGCAGCUUUUCACAAAUCUGUGGACAGUGUACAAAAAAAAAACUUGGAUUAUGUUGACAUAUUCACAUGUAUACUCAGGUUUUUGUAUAUAAUCUUAUCAGAUUUAAUAAUUUAUGCCUUAGAGCCAUUUUUGUUUUCUUUUAAGGCAUUUUUAAAUUUCUACACUUCUUAAACGUGAGCUUUUCCUCACAAAUGUUGCAAAAAAAAACGUCUAAAGGGAAGAAGUGUAUUUAGAGCAAUGGGGCAAAAAAUUGACAUGACUGGUAGCUGUUUGAAAGAUGAACACACACACCACAUGUAUUUAAAAAAAGAUUCCGGAUACUCACCAGUUUUUAUGUUAUGCAAAUAGUAUUUGUAUGGUGCUCCCAGAUUUUUAAUAAAGUCUUCAGGUACUUUGCAAAAUAGAACAACAAUUUUCAGCUAAAGAUUCUACCAGCACCACUUUUACUGCAAUAGGGCACCACCCUUUCUUAAUUGUAUAAUUGUAGAUCUGACCUUGCUCUUUGUGGAAAAAAAAAAAAAAGGUCUUUGUUUUAUUUUUUUUAUUCUGAGUCUGUCAGACGUAACUGUUUUAAAAAUGGACAUUUUCAUUAUGAUAAAGCUCCUUUUCAUUU